CCAGAGUGCCUGGCGUCGGCGCAGCCGUGACGACCGCGUCGCCGUCGCUGGGCUCCUUCGGCCGCUGCCCUCCCCGUUCUGUGCACCACAGUGGCCGCCCCGCGGUCCUGCGGCUUUUCCUCCCGCUGCUGCGGGCCGCGGGGCCAAGGCCAUGUCCCGAAAGCAGGCGGCGAAGAGCCGGCCGGGCAGCGGCGGCCGGAAAGCCGAGGCCGAGCGCAAGCGGGACGAGCGGGCGGCCCGCCGGGCCCUGGCCAAGGAGCGGCGGAACCGGCCUGAGUCCGGCGGCGGCGGCGGCGGCUGCGAGGAGGAGUUCGUGAGCUUCGCUAACCAGCUGCAGGCCCUGGGGCUGAAGCUGCGGGAGGUGCCGGGGGACGGCAAUUGCCUGUUCAGAGCGCUCGGCGAUCAGUUGGAGGGCCACUCGCGCAACCACCUCAAGCACCGGCAGGAGACGGUGGACUACAUGGUGAAGCAGCGGGCAGACUUCGAGCCCUUUGUGGAGGACGACGUCCCCUUUGAGAAACAUGUGGCCAGUUUGGCAAAGCCUGGUACAUUCGCUGGCAAUGAUGCAAUUGUGGCCUUUGCAAGAAAUCAUCAGUUGAACGUGGUGAUUCAUCAACUUAACGCCCCGCUGUGGCAGAUUCGUGGCACGGAUAAGAGCAACGUGCGGGAGCUGCACAUCGCGUAUCGGUAUGGAGAGCACUACGACAGCGUCCGGAGGAUCAACGACAACUCCGAAGCUCCUGCCCAUCUCCAGACGGAUUUUCAGAUACUUCAUCAAGAUGAAUCAAAUAAAAGAGAAAAAAUCAAGACAAAGGGGGUGGACUUCGAAGACGACCUGCAGGAUGAGGUGGAGGACGCUGUCCAGAAGGUCUGCAGCGCCACCGGCUGCUCAGAUUUUAAUUUGAUAGUCCAGAACCUGGAAGCUGAAAAUUACAAUAUUGAAUCUGCAAUCAUUGCCAUGCUUCAGAUGAACCAGGGGAAAAGAAAUAAUGCAGAGGAGAACCUUGAGCCCAGUGGCCGAGCGCCGAAGCAGAGUGGUCCUUUGUGGGAGGAAGGUGGCAGUGGCACCAGGAUCUUUGGAAACCAGGGCUUGAACGAAGGCAGGACUGACAACAACAAGGCUCGGGCCGGCCCUAGCGAAGAGAACAGAGCAAAUAAAAACCAGCUCCCAAAGGUCAGCAGCCGGCAGCGGAGAGAGCAGCAGCGCUUGGAGAAGAAGAAGCGACAGGAGGAGAGGCACCGUCACAAAGCCCUGGAGAGCAGGGGCGGCCACAGGGACAAUAAUAACCGGAGCGAGGCGGAGGCCAACGCGCAGGUCACCUUGGUGAAGACCUUUGCCGCGCUCAACAUCUGACUCAGCCGGCCGGCCGGGUGUUGGGGGAGGUGACGGAAGGCGCCGUGCGUGCGUGCAGGGCACCGGGCUCCCCGGGGAGGCCGUCCCUGGUCCCUGGUGACAGCCCGCAGAAGCACCGGGAGCCUGGAGCGUGCCGGGGUUGGUGUCUGUGCUCGGGGCCCGUCUCGUUCGGGUUUUGUUGGCGAUGUGUAUUGUUCGGCGGGAGUCCGGGGAAGCCAUUCGUGUUCUGUGAUUGACGUGCUGAGCUUUAGGGCGGAUCGCCGGGUCAGGAGAAGCCUUGGGGAUGUGACUCCACUUGUCCUGGAAAUGCUGGAGUCAGAGUUCAGUGACCCCGGGAUCUUUCCCUAAGCCUUGGGGGGACUUUGCUGUAAUCGUUUAUAAAGUAGUUUAGACGGAUUGCUGGAAACUCAGAAUGACAAGUUUCCUUUGUUUCUCUUUCAGUUUUGAUCAGAUAUAUUAAUAUACAGGCUAGUCUGUAAGCGAUCUCCAACUCAGGAACGUGGCUAGAUUUAAUUUUCUUUUAACUCACGUUAAUCAGAAAAUACUUCAGGGUAUGUGCUCUGCUCUCCCCAAGUUCUGGGAAUGGGGGUGUGGCCUGCAGUCCGGGCGGGACUCAAACCAGGUGUCCGUCCUUCCUGACUUUGCUGCCGUU